UCGCUGGAGCAGAGCGGAGUCGGCACCAGCGUCCUGAGGGUCGUGCUCAAGAGAUAUUCAACCCGAGACACGACCGUGUCCUCCACGGGUUCUGUAGGGUCCAUCGGUUGCAUCAACCAGCUUCCACUAAUAGUCCGCAUGCACUCUGGUGUAGCUAUGGAGUUCUUCACCUUUUCGCUCUUUUAAAAUGCACAAGGAAAUUAUAAUAGUGUAAUAUACCAAUGAGAAAGUUGCUGGAGCAGAGUGGUGAUUGAAACAGCGGUACUCGUUCACUGCUGGGUGAACAGAGGCGUGCAGUUAAGGAUUGGCGCCUAGUCAAUCCUCCCCGGCUAGGAUACGAACCUUGGCCAGAUCGUUCGCGAAGCGCAUGGAGAGUGUCUUAUCACUGCCCCACGGGGACUGCCAAUAAUUAUAUAAAUAAGUAACUGCACCAAGAACCACUACAGUACACAGGAAUUUUGUCUAGGAUUUCCGAAGACUUCAGUUUAAGAGUUAAAGAGCGAGAAGAAUAUUGUGAGGAAGAGGGUGAAGAACAUAAUGAUGACGAUGAAGAGGAUGAUGAUGAUUAUGAUUAAGAUAAAGAAGCAUCAGAAUUCAGCGUGGGUUGGCACUAUCUUGCACGUGACGAAACGAUAAGCUCCACAGCCAAGGAUCCGCUCCCACAUCCUGAGGGAAGUGACACAUGACCAGCAGGGACGUCCUGCAGUCCUGGUGCAGCCUGCGAGGGCAGAGGACGUCGUCGGAGCCGGGUCCCGUGCACUUGAUCAUCCAGGGAGGACCCCAGCCAGACCAGGAUGGUGGACCAGUGGACGGUGGUGUGGUGGUGGUGUCUGAUGGUGAUCACUGCAGACGCGGGCCUCGCCAGCGGUGUGGAGGAGUGCUUCCUGUACCCCGUGAAGAAGGGGGAGCCGAGCCCCAGCGUCCCCCUCCAGGCCAGCGGCGACACCAUCAUCACCAUCAACAACAUCUACGACAACAACACCAUCACCACCAUCACUACUGACGAUGGUGACUGUGUGGCGCGGGUCCUUCAUAACAGCACUUAUAAACCGAGGGAAGAUGGCUGCCCUGUCCUCAACGCCAGCGCAGUCAACAACAACUCCGGGACGUGGCAAGAGUUGGUGACGGUGGUGGUGCGUCGGGGAGGAGGGAGGACCAGCGUGUACCUGCGGGACUCCGGGGACGAGGAGCAGCUGGUCAAGGUCCACCUCGGAGACGCCUGCACCGUUCAUGUUGUGUCCCAGGAGUUCGUCAAUGUUGCUUACGGCUGUUAUGAUGGAUGUUUCCAGUUCCAGAAGGCCACCAUUCACAAGAGCUUCAGAGACGGACGUCCUGGAUCUUUACUCUUCUACGGACAACUUACGGGCUCGGAACCACUCAAUAGGAUCAUAUUUGCUUUAAGAAACGCUGGUUGGUCCCGAAGGAGAGGCUUCUACCCACAGGACAGUAUUAUGAACAACACUCACUGGUUCGCGUUCCGAGCGCUGCCACAGUACACCAAAAACAACAGGAAUAAAGACAUACUUAACCUCACACUCCGGUACGAGACUGCCGCCUCCAGCUGCAGCCCGGAGGACCCAGCCUGCAAUACGGGACAUAAUGCAGCUUAUACUGGAGAAGUUCCUUCCAAGGACUUGUACCUAAAUUUCUCUGUGACGGAGAACGUGCGGUGGGCCGUGUUCUGCCGGCCUCGGAACACUAGCCAGGAGCCAGAAGAGGCGAUGUUGUGGAGUGCGCUGGUGCUGGCAGUGGUGUGCUUGCUCCUGUUGCUGGUCACCAUCUUCCUCAAGGUCACUAUUGUACGUCGACAACCACCACCAUCUCGCCCCUCUCACCCCCACACCGCCCCCCUCGCCUCCACCUCUCUACCAAAUAACGACCCUUCGAACCACACUUACGAAUACCUAGAACUUGAUCCUCUCUAAGAUGACUGUCAACAAGCCGGAAGACUUCCCAGGACCUUCACCGUCGCUCCCACAGACGAGGCGGGGAUGUUCCCUCGCGGAGGCUCGCCACAGACGACACCCGAAGGACAGGGGCCAGCGUCGCCUCCCAGCACGCAUGACACGCCAUCUGGGUCGGCGAGAGUAUCUCUGAAAGGUUUAGUGGCCCGGACAAUUUAGUAUAUCAUUUGUGUGACGUUGUGGCAACUGGAGAGGACGAGAUGGUCUCACCAGUGGACCUCGUAACAAAGCCUGGUGAAGGGUAGGGAUUCCGGUAGGUGAGUGAUCCUCUGGAGCCGGCGACGCACGAGGAGACUCGACGUACAAAUUUCAGGCGCUAAACCCAGCCCGUCCUCUCGAGGGCUCGCAACGUCACUAAACUGAUAGCAUUAAAUUGUUCGAAGCUAACAGAGGACCCACGAGCAGACAAUGCGACAGCCAUGUCAAUAUUGUGAGACGCUAAGAUUUGUAAUACAUCAGUUUUUGGCUUCAGGGGAGUAUACUUUUGAAUUAGCUAAAGAGCAAUAUAUUGACACAAUAAUGGUAAGAGCUCACUCGUGCAUCAUAUAUGUGACAAUUGGAUGUGUAUAUACAUAAUUAAAAAUAAAUCGAGCAAUACUAUAUUUAAUUGCUAAAAUGAAUAGCAAGGUAAAAUCCAUAAUAAAAAUAUGCUUGCCAAGUACUGUAAAGCGGUAUUAGUUUGUAAUGUAUGCUCGAACUAUAUCAACUUUGAUAACAGCAUCGAGUGUAGGCCACAGGACUCACAACCCUACAAAUUCUUUGGUAGAAACAUUUAUAAUACUGAACAAUUUGGAAGCCUAAUCUAGACUACUUCUUGAAAAGGUCCAUUGUAAUUGACACAAGGGGCAAUGGCUUCAAGCUCAACAAGCCAGAAUGUUGGACACACAACAGGACAUGAACUCUUUAAACAAGGUUAAUGAAAUCGCAUACCCACCGAAUAUUUAAGUGCCAAAACAGUCCUCUACUUCAGAAUUGAACUAAAAAAAAAUCAUUAGGAAUAAUGGAGACAGCAUAAACAAGCCGCUGACAUCCUGUCCCUGCCGAGGCCACUACAGAUAGUAGCCCUCAGGCACAUAAAUGUAAAUGAACCCUGGGAAUAAAUUACAGGCUGGCUUGAAGUCAGCAGUGUGAUGCAUCAACAUUCAAUUAUUGAUAAGGAUUUAUAUGUUAGCGUUUGAAUAAACCAAAUCAUCAUUUCAUUAUUAUUAGUGUAUGGAGCCGGUCAGCUGCAUAUGCAAGACAUUAAGCGUGAAUUAUUAGUUAAAACUUGCUGUUAUUUGCAUCUGUGCGUGCAAAGUACAAAGAUGUAAUUAUUCAUGAAUUUAAGCCUUUGUCAUUGUAGCCUCGUAAUUCCUGUAUAUUUUCGUUGUACGAAAAUGCCCAAUAUAUAUUGUAUAAAUGGAUUAUUAGUGUUAUAAAUAAAUGCUAGUGCAAAAUA